AUGCAGGUCGCUGCGUACUUUCCCCCGUUCCUAUGGGACUUCUGGCUUCGCGCAACUAAAUCAUACGAUGCAGAGACCAGCAAACCUCCUGUUCAAGGGCAUCUCAACGUCUACGACACGUUCGAGAAUGAGUUCGCCGAGAUCAACGAGUCUCCGGUAUCCCCUCACUUCCGGUCUGAUGCCUUCGCCGACCUGCACCACCCGUCACACGACAGACGCACAGUAGCCCGUCUGCAUCUUCUGCAAGACCAGUUAUCUCAGCUUGAGAUCAAGGCAGAGACCGCCAUCUCCAUCCUAGUAGACGAGGGGACGCACAAGAGAUACUGGAAGCUUGGCGCGUACUCCAUCCCCAUGGACUCGCGGCAGGCGGACGACCUACGCAAGUACAUUGCAUUCCUGCACUUCCGCAAUGGCCCGGUCUACCAGCGUCUUGUUGCAGACACUCGCGCUGAGGCGGAUGAGGCUCAAGAUGCAUCGAAAAACUCGGAAUCCUCAUCUCUGCUCUCCACCUUGGAGGCCAUCGGCACGUUCUUGAAGCUCAGUUCGCGACAUCGCGUCGGGAAUCUGUGCAUGGAACGCGGACGCAGUCCCGGAGAGAAUGUUUACCUGCAAGAACUACACAACCUGUGCUGGAGGUUUGCGAACAGUGACUUGAGCGUAGGCAAGGCUCAGGGUGGAGAUCAUGAGUACAUACUCUCCGAGAAUCCCAUAGGCUUCAUGGACGAAUCUUUCGAUGCCUUACCCAAUACCUACAACCUCUUCCUCCCCAUCACCCCCAAACUCGCCAUCUACAUCCUCUGCGACGACGACCUCUCCGCCCCCACCUCCCCCAACCCCCUCCCCACCCUCAACUACAUCCAAAUCUUCCCCGAGGCCCAAAUCGACGUCCACCUCCGUAACGCCUUCGUCCUGCACUCCGCCCCGCGCCGCCUCUUCUUCGCGUCCUUCCGCUCCAUCGCGCUCUCCGUCUCCUCGUACGACGAGUUCCGGCGCUCGCCGGCGCACCAGGACUACAGUCGGUUGAAGCAGCGCUGCCGGCAGAAGUACCUUCAGCAGACGGUGACGAAGACGCUGGUAAUCCGGGACGCGAUUGUGGUGACGGAUUUGACGGAGCAGAUAUCGAGGAUGGGGAGCUCGCCCGUCGCGCAUGGCUCGUUCUCGGACGUCUGGAAGGCGAUGUGGGAGGACCCGGUAGAGCAUCGGCCGCGGUUUGUUGCCCUCAAGCUUCUGCGUCAGAUCAUGGCCAACAAUGUCCGGGAGAAGCUGCUGCGCCGCCUGUCCAGCGAGGUUGCCGCCUGGCAUCGUCUUUGCCACCGCAAUGUCGCGCAGUUCCUCGGAAUCUACCAGACAUCGACAACGCUUGGAAUGGUCUCUCCUUGGUGCGACAACGGCACCGUGCAGAGCUUUCUGCGAGCGAAUCGGAAGCAAGAUAGGCCCGCGAUUCUCACUGAGAUCGCCUCUGGCGUAGACUACCUGCAUAACUUCACGCCUGCCAUCAUCCACGGAGACCUGAAGAGCGGUAACAUCCUCAUCGACUCAGAGGGCAAACCCAUCCUCACCGACUUCGGCUUGUCCAAAGUCCUGGACGAAGUCGCCGAGUGCGCUCGGUCGCGGCAGGGCUCGUCAUCCUGCGGAGGUUCGACGAGGUGGAUGGCACCCGAGCUCAUCUUCGCGAUGGCCGAUGACAACACCAGCUCUUUCGAGCUGACGACGUGGUCAGAUGUGUACGCGUUCGCCUCGGUGUGCUUGGAGAUCGUGACCGGCGCCCUGCCAUACCCGCUGCGCCAGAACGAAGUCUCGGUAGCGGUGGACGUGUAUCGCGGGAUCAGGCCCUCGCAAGGAGCGAAACUUUGUAUCGGCCUCAAGGACGAGCCGGGAUUCUGGGACUUUCUUAACAGGUGUUGGAGUCCGAAUGUCUUCGAACGGCCGAGCAUGGGGGACGCCGUGAGCUUCUUGCGUUCUGUCGUGCAGAUAGACGGACGCGAGGAUGCCUCAUAG